UCCCAUCUCCAAUUUCAAUUCACCCUUGCUUUCACAUUUCGUCAAUCAAGCCAUUCAAUGAAAGCAAACCCAUAAAUUAUUGGUUUCAUGGAAAUUGGGUCUUUCACAUUUCUUUCUCCCGAAGAUUUUUCUUAUAACAACAACAGCAGCAAUUUCUCUUGGUUUCAGGAUAUGGAAAAUGGGUUCAAUGGGAACGCCAACAAAAGGGGUAGAAAAGAUAGUGAGGAAUCUUUGGUCAACGAAGAAUUGAAGAAGAGCGGGUUUAGUGAUAUACUUUCUUCGAUUUUGUUGUUGGACGAGGCAGCAAACCAAGAGGAGCAUCAAUGGUUCACUGACACGGAUCAAGAAAAAGCUUUUUUCGAAGCCAAUUACAAGGAAAAUGUUCAAGAAAUGAAUGGUUUUUUCGACCAGCUCCAAAACCAUUACUCUGAAAUGGACGAGUUAAAUAAUCCCAGAAACAAACGCGCUCGUAAAUCCAGUUUAGUUGCUGCUUCUGCUGCAGCGGUUGCUUCUGGAUCGGACAAUGUGGGUCCAUCACAAUCGGGCAGUGGAUCAGGGCAGCAAAGGCGGCUUUGGGUAAAAGAUCGAUCGAAAGACUGGUGGGACAAGUGCAAUCACCCGGAUUUUCCCGAUGAGGAGUUUAAACGCGCUUUCCGGAUGAGUAAAGCCACGUUCAAUAUGGUCUGCGAGGAGUUGGAACCGGUGGUGAUGAAAAAGAACACGAUGCUUCGUGACGCGAUCCCGGUUCGUCAGCGCGUGGCGGUUUGUAUUUGGAGGUUGGCCACGGGUGAGCCGCUUAGGAUGGUAUCGAAACGAUUCGGAUUGGGGAUUUCAACCUGUCAUAAGCUGGUAUUGGAGGUUUGCACAGCAAUUAAAACCGUUUUGAUGCCUAAAUUUGUUCGAUGGCCUGACGAAAACAAAAUGAAGAGGAUUAAAGAGGAAUUUGAGUCCACCACUGGGAUUCCAAAGGUGGGUGGUUCAAUGUACACUACUCACGUACCCAUCAUUGCACCAAAAAUCAGCGUGGCGGCGUAUUUCAAUAAAAAGCAUACGGAGCGGAAUCAGAAAUCUUCAUAUUCGAUUACCCUCCAAGGAGUCGUUGAUCAAAAAGGAGUUUUUACCGAUGUUUGUAUCGGAUGGCCUGGUUCCAUGUCUGAUGAUCAAGUUUUGGAGAAGUCAGCCUUUUACCAAAGAGCCACCGGGGGGCUUUUGCAGGAUGUUUGGGUCGUAGGGAGUAAAGGGUAUCCUUUAAUGGACUGGGUUUUGGUUCCUUACGCUCACCAGAAUCUGACUUGGGCUCAACAUGCCUUCAAUGAGAAAAUUGGGGAGAUUGAAAAGGUUGCCAAAGAAGCCUUUGCCAGAUUGAAACAGAGGUGGUCAUGUUUGCAAAAGAGAACCGAGGUUAAGCUUCAAGAGUUGCCCGUUGUGCUUGGAGCCUGCUGCGUUUUGCAUAACAUUUGUGAGAUGAGAAACGAGGAGAUGGACCCUGAGCUAAAAUUCGAGCUUUUCGAUGAUGAGGCAAUCCCAGAGAAUAAUUUGAGAUCCAUGAGUUCCGUACAAGCGAGGGAUCACAUUGCUCACAAUCUGUUGCACCAUGGACUUGGUGGCACUGGUUUUCUAUAGUGUUUUAUUACAUUACUAUUGUCUUGAUUUAGAAAUCUUUUUGUAUCCGUUAGAUAUUUGCUUUGUCAUUCUUUUUACUUAUAGCAAUAAACAUUAUUUUUUAUCUAA